AUGGUAUUCUCUUCCACGGUUGAGUCCACCGUCCGGCCCACCACUGAAAGCACCACUGAAGUCACUAUCAAGGCCACUAUCAAGGCCACUAUUGAGCCCACUGUCGUGCCAACUACGGAGAUUUCAACGACAGUUUCUUCAGAAUCCUCUGUCACUGAAUCCACUCCUUCUGAAACAACAGCCACCUCGAGCACAACGUCCCCAACUUGUUCGCCCAUAGUCGUCAAUGGUGAUUUUGAAAGUGGCGAUGAACCAUGGCUGCGGACUGGCACUGUUGAUAUCCGUGAUAACAGCCAGGGCUUCUAUAGUACUCCCUACGGCGACUCUUUCGCGUAA